CGGGAGGGAACAUACGCAUGGCCGUAUUUUUGUUUUGAGGGUGGUUUGACAGUAUUUAACAGAGGAGGCAGCCAUAAGGAAAGGAAGGAAGGGACAGUAUUUAACAAAAUUCUGAUCUGUCCCUUUUAUAGGUAUUAUAAAAUCAAACUUACAAAAUAUAUCCACAUGAAUGAAUAAUACAGUUGCUCCAAAUGCAGUGAUUUAGUGACGUGUUUUCAGUAAUGAUAUUGUGAGCUAUGUAACCUUUCUAGCAUCCAAGUCCUUACAGAUAUACACAUUUUGAUAUAAAUAUUUUACUGAAUUUGCAAUAAUGGAAAGGCUUACAAUCCAGGAAGCUUUUACAACUUUGAAACCUCUUUGCGAUUCUUCAAUGAAAUCACCAAAUGUAAAGAACGCUGAAGAGAUUAGAGUUUGCAUAAGACAUAUUUCUAAUGCAGUGAUUCAAGAUUUACAGGAAUAUGUGUUAUUUCCUUUUACUGUACAUUUACAAAAUGACACUUUAAGCAAAGAUGUAAAAUUACAUUUAGUAGAGACUAUAAGAGCUGUAUUGUUGAAAUCCAAGAUAUUAAAGAUAAAUAAUUUCCAUAAGAUAUUUACAUGUCUUUUAUAUCAAAUAUAUGAUAAGGCGCAACCAAAUAUGGUAAUUUCAGGUCACGAGGAGCUAAAGGAAAGUGUUGUUUUAUGUUUGAGAGAUCUGAUACAACAGUCUACGACGGAUGUUAUUGAAUUAUUAUAUGCAAGAGAAAAUGCACCGAAGAUAGGACAAGCAGUAUAUUUGUCUGUAUCUAUUGCUAAAACUGAAAAAUCACGUUCUCUUAGAUUGGCAGCAAUAGAAACAGUAAUGGUUCUUUGCCAAGUCCACGAUCAAGUCGAUGAUGAUAUAGUUUUACGAGCGCAAGUGGCUGAUGUGAUUAUGCUAUUUCUUCCUGGCAUUGCUAGUGGGUUACAAGAAAUUACACUUGGCAGUGAUAUUCAAGGGCAUAAAGUCACAAUGAUGGCACUUAGAGCAUGGAGUAGAAUAAUCAGCCUUGUAAUGGAAGAUAUUCCCCAAGAGGAGAAUAUUCCCUCCUUGGAUGCUGUCUGUCAUGUUAAUAUUUCCAACUCCUCUGACCCUUUAAAAUGUUCAUUGCAUGCAAAAGGUGUGGCAGGAAUGAAAGAACUAAUGCAAACUGCUACAAGAAGUCAAAACUGGCUCGAUGCUGCUGCUAUCAAAUUGAAUGUCCUUAUUCCAUCUCUACGAGAGUUGACCCAACAUUCUCACUUCAAAGUAAGAAAAGAAUUGGCUGAGAGUGUAAGGCUGUUGCUUAACAAAUGUUCCAGAAAUAUGAAGCCAAGCUUCACGGAACUCGUGGAGAUUCUGAUUUCUUUAUCAGAAGACGAAGUUGAGGAAGUGAACAAAAUUGCUAAACAAGCGUUAAACGAUGUCAAUGAAAAGUGUACAGCUAACCAAAAUUCUAGGCCGUUGAUAGAAUUGUUGGAGGAAAAUUUUUAUAAGCUCCUCACUAAAUUGCCCAGAAUUAUUCGUGGAUCUGACGACGCAGCGCAACUGUCACAUCUAAAUCAUUUGGCCGGUUAUUUAAGACUGUUUGGAAAACAGAGACUGCCCCAAGUUAUAUCAUCCAUUGCUCACUUGCGAAGAUUGCUUCUUGCAUUGGUUUAUGUUGCUGAAUUAAACUGCAGUAAUGUCUCACUCUUGGAAGACGUUGCUAUUAAACAUCACGACGAUGCCAUGCAAUACGCGACAAUGCAUCCAUGGAAAGAAUUCAAAUUUAUUCGUGAAUCAUCCGUGGAAGACAAGCUUACUUAUGUUUGCAAAUAUUUGGGAGAAUUUGGAAACUUAAGCAUAUUAGUAGAUGCUAUUCAAGAAUUGAUAUUAGACAUGCCACAAUAUAAAAAAGAAUUAACGUUACUACUCAAUUGGAUAAUAAAUGUUCCAUUCGAAGACCCUACUACGCUAUCCUUAUAUAAAACAAUCGUGGAUAAUUAUAUAUCACCCGACUCCUGGUAUUUGCCUCUUGCUGUUACACAAAACGUAUCUUUACGCGAAGCACAGAGUAAUAUCGUACAAUGCGGCCUCUUUUUAGAAGGUUUGAGUAUAAUAGCGCAAAGAGUUGGAGAAGAGUAUCAUAGAUUUCUUCUAAAAACACUUUACUUGGUCAUAGAGAGAGCAGGUAGUGGAUAUAGUGUACUCAGUAUGAUCGGAUUUCAAACUCUUCAACAAAUAGCAAAGACACUUCGUUACGCCACUGUAACAGAUCUUCUUCAGGCUAACAUUGAUUACUUGUCCUAUCAUGUGACAUUGAAGCUACGAAGAGUUGAACGUAAUCCUGGAGUACUUGACGUCGUUGCACUUAUUAUGAAGUAUAGCACAAUGGACGUUUUGCCAUGUUUAAAAGAUUUUGUAGAGGACGUACUCAGACAGUCUGCUGCGAAUUUUCAACAAAAAAAUUCCUACUCUUUUCUGAAAGUCUUUCACAUAUUUGCAGUGUGCAUAAGAAGGCUAACGUUGAACGAGCAGAUAAAAACAAGUGUAGAAGAAGAAAUCUCAGAAGAUCCAUCUGAAAUAGUGAUAAGAGCAAUACAGGAAUAUUACCAAGCAAAGAGGAUAUCUGAAAGAAUAGAAGAUGAUGAUCUUGGAGGUAAACCAGAAGACAUACUGGAAGAGCUGAAAAAUAAAGCAGACUUAGACAACGAAGUCCAGGAAUAUUUAGAAGAUGAAAAGAAAGCAGAGCCACCGCUAUCUAUAAACAUGAUAAAAGAAAUUUCAAAGCGAUGCUUACAUUUCCUACCAUCUAAAGACCUAGCAAGGGUAUUGCUCGCCAUGGACACUCUAAAAGAGAGUUUACAUAUUUUAUCAGACUGGGAAAACGAAUUGUUGCCUAUUGUUCAUGAAUUAUGGCAUCCAUUGGUAGACAGAUUCAAAGAUCCUAAUCCCCUUGUAAUAAAUAGAGCCUGGCAAUUGCUCAUAACCCUUGCUGACGUUUCCAAAGAUUUCAUUAGAUCCAGAACACUGAAACAAGUGUUACCAUCAAUUUCGAAUUUCUUGAAAAACUCCUCCAAGGAAAGUUACAAUCAAAAAUCUGGAGGCGUUUAUGAAUUUAGUCAGGCAUAUAAAUUACAAAAGGAAUUGCUUUCGCAAUUGGGUCGCACUGCAAAUAAUCUUCAGCUUCAGGAGAGAGAACUUUGGAAUUUGUUAGAUAUCGCCCAACCGUAUCUUAGUGUAAAGCAAAAUAAAUCAUUGCAGGAAUGCUGUAUAACAAUGUAUAAAGAUAUUGCUGACUACGAUGCAGAUAUUGUUUGGGUAAAAUGUCUGAGGAUUUGCAACACUACAAGUACCAUAGAAGCACCUGACGAUAGAUUUCAAACGAUAAAUUUGCAGGUUGCAAGUACCAAUAUACAAAGCGAAUAUCAGAAGAAUGUAGAAACAAUUAUAACUUACAUUCAAGAUAAGACGAUUGGUGUCUCGAGACAAUAAUAUUAUUAUGUACAAAAUUAUGUUCAACGUGUCUAUGUAAUUCGGUACGUUAAUGUUAUAUAAUUGAGUGAUUCCAUUAGCUACGCGUUUUACUUACACUUUAAUCAAUAAAUAUCACUAUUUUCCAUGCUACGGUGAAAAAAUGUCACGUGCCUCGUUCGAUAGCGUUAGAUUGGAUUGACUAUUACAAAAUUUAUUUUAUCAUACUUGAUUUAAAAUGCACAAGUGUUACGUAUUUUAAAACUUUAAUAUUAUUAUUUUUUUUUUUCUUUAAAUAUUUUUUAUCGCUUCUGCGUUUAUUCAAUCACGCUACCAUCAUAAUAUUUUUAUGAUAAAUGUUCGACUUGUCAGACGAAUCAAAAAAUCCUUAGAUUAGGAGUUUAUCUGUACAUUUAUAGUACUACUCCUAAUAAAUUAUGUCCUUUAUCUAGUAUUUAAUUUUUUGGUACCCUUACCAUCAAACGUCAACCAGUUGAAAUACUGAUUCAUUUAAAAUAAGAUAUACUUUCACUAUAUCAAGUGACCAGCUUAGAACAUUUUAACUAAGUUCAAUUGUUUAUUCACAAGGCAAGAAUUACUUGCAUUGUUUGUAAUGCGAUUGCUUCCAAGGCUGCGAUAAUUAUAUAAAUUUAGUUAUAAGAAAUAAAAUGAUUUCAAUACUU